AUAUUUGCUGAUCAGUCAGCAAACAUCAUAAAAUUUUUAAUCCUUAACCGUCAAUAAGGCAAUAAAAUUUUAAUUUCAUGGUUAGCAUUAGGGUUUGAGUUAUCCUGCUUCAAGAUAUUGAUUGAUUAAUAGUAAUUUUUAAUUACUCUCAUCAAUUUUAAUGAUAACAUCAUACAAUUUUAGCCAGGAAAUACCAUUUCUAACCCGAAACUCAAAUUUAAUUAGCAAUUGGCCCUCUUUUCCCUCUCCCUUUCAGUUAUUUAAUUCAUUUAAUACAUUGGGAGAGCGAAACUUUUCUCUCUCUUCUUCUGCUUCUCUCUCUCAGCUGUUUCCUUCUGAGUUGACUACUGUGGUUGUUUGGCUGGGAUGUUGCCUGUGGAAAUCACAAAGCAGAGAAUUUUGAGAAAUUGAACAGGUAUUUUGUGAAACUUGAGAACGCCGUUUCAAAAUUGUCUUCCAUUUACCUUUCACUUGCUUAAGAAACCCUACCUAGCUAAGAAGACUGACAGGCACCCGCCAAAAUUUGAACAAGCAUCCAGGAACGAAAAAUUGGUGAAUGGUGUCAAUCGUAACAGCUAAAAAACCCAAUACUGUCAUUUUUAUUGUUUUUUCUUCACACGGAGGAAUUUUAAUAACAAUCACAGUCCUGUGGUUUGUGGUAUUAAGAAAUCCCCAUUCCCAAACGCCGGUUUAGAAGCAUCUUUCUAAAUCAAACUUAACCAAAAAGGAAAAAGAAAAGAAUAUUCAAUUAUCCUCAUUCUGCUACCAGAAAAGGGUAUUUUGUUGUUUUAUCUUUCCCUCUCAUCUUACCAUUAACUUCCUUUUCCUUACAAAAAAGAAAAAAAAACUUUUCUCUUACAGGAAAAUUGGAAGCAGCCAAUUACUAUCCUGUCCUCUGCUCCGUUUGUUUGUUCUUUUUCUUUUCAUCCCUCCGUUCUCUAGCUGUGCUACCUGUGUGCUUACUAAUUUUCCCCACAGAGACUACAAAUUAGGAGCACGCCCACCAGAGAAUCACAGUAACCGAGAACUACACUCACCUGUCCCUUACACACUCACUGUCAAACCACAAGUGACAUUGCACACUUACACCUCUGUUUUGCCUUGUUUGUUUUGUUUUGUUUGUUUCCUCUUCUUCAAGGUCUGUGUCAGUCUAGGUUCUAAGAUCUCCCUCACCACGCCAAAACAUGUCUCGCACAACAGACCCUGUUGGCCACUGGGAAGACCUCGAAACCUGGCUAAGUGUUGCAACAGACAGCCUCCUACCUAAGGCUGCUGAAACACUGAGGCAUCAGACACAAGACCAGCUGGAUGACAACAUAGCAAACCUCAUGAAACAAGACCCAAGUCAGAGCUACAGUCACAAAGAAUUAGCAAAGAUCACCGGCUCCUUAAGCCACACACUCAUCGCCACCCUCAAGCUGAGCGACAGGCACGCCGCCCAUCUCCAGCAGGAGCUAACACGCGCACAACGACGCGUCGAGCAGCUAGAACUGGAGGCUCAGGAACGACAGGAAGGGCCUGAUGAAGUGGAACAAGGCGCUGAGGAGGAGAUCACUAGGCUAAAAGAGACCCUAGCAGCUGCUAUCCAAGAAAUGGAACGAGGCAAGGCUGACCACGCUGAUCUCUCCAGCAAGCUACAAUAUGCCGAACAGCUCCUGGAAAAGGCAAAGGCUGACUUCAGAGACAAGAACGGCCGAAUUAAAGCCCUUGAAACUCACCUGGAUGAGUCAAGAAACGAGAUCAGUCGCCUAACACUACAGCUGGACUACAUCAAAGAGAAGUCCGACAGCAUCAGAGAGGAACUCAGACAUGCCUACGAGCUGCGCCCUGAGCCUACAAGGACCCGACGAGCACCAGUCUCACCCCUGCCUAGCAGGACCGGGUCACCUGUUCCUCGACUGACACGUGAGCAAAAGGGGGAGGGGGCAGUGCUGAAACAUUCACCGACUCCCUCUGAAGAACCUUACCUCACGACAAAGCUAAAAGAACUUGCUCCAGCCAGUCACAGAUCAUCGCAUGGCUUGGACCUCAAAGAUCUCGACAAGCUCGCCAGAAACAUUGGCAAAUUCACCCCAAGUGUGCCAGGUAGCCAGGAUGUCCAAGCUUAUCUGCAAGACGUCGAUUUCCAUCUGGAAAUGAGGCUCAAUGUCACGGACAAAGAUAGACUCUAUUUGCUCCGAACAACAGCCAGCCCUGACGUACGCAGUUUCCUGGACAGGCAGCCUGCUCACACAAAGGCUGACUACCACCUCCUCCGAGAGGCCCUCAUUAAAGAAUUCGCCGACCCUGAGUCAGAACAAGGACUAGUGGCUGCCCUGGAGACGAGACAAGGACGUCAUGAAUCUCCUCAAGCCUACUACAGCCGACUCAGACGAGCAUACUUCGGAACUCGCAACGAACCGAACAUGGAAGAUGAUCUAAACUUCAAAACUCUCUUCCUGAGAAACCUCCAUCCUGGAGUAAGCCACCAUCUUGGCGUUCUCGCAUGUCCGCGAACAAUGAAUGCUCAACAGUUGCGUGACUUGGCACAGAAAGCCUACGGCAAACAGAAGAUGGCCUCAGAAAAGGGCGCCAAAACCCCAACAGUUCUUGACUUCAACACUCAAAGUCAAGGUCUGGCUCUAGAGGGCGCCCAACAUCAAGACCAUGCCAAGCCGCCACACAAAGAGUGGAACACACCCUCGUCCAACAGAGAACGAGACUCCCAUGCUGGUACCCGACCUAAACAGAGGAACAACCGCUGGGAUGGACCGCGUGGACGACAACACUCACCUGGACGUCACUGGGAAAAACCUUGGGACCAAUCCAGACCUCGUGAGACUCAAUGGGACAGAUCGUGGAAUCAGCCCAACUCGUUUGGAAACUCAAGAGGAAAAGGCUCAUGGGAAUCCAACGGAACCUCCAAGGGAAAACGACAGACACACCCUGGAGCACCCAGUCCAAGGAAUCCACGAAGGAACUCGCAAAGAUUCCAAGCUGACCAAGCUCAAACUGAAUCCAUACAAGAACAAAAGACAUCACAGUGUUUCAACUCACAAGAGCUGAGGAAAAUGAUGAUGAAAGAGUUCUUCCACCGAAAGGAGGAGGAUCGGAAGUGGGAAAAGAAAGAGAAACCAGAGUCAGCCUGACUAGCAGCCGGAAGAGAAGGCAGCGACCAGCUGACCCAACCAGCCACAGAGAACAGCACUCCUUCACCUCACUCUCAGAGAACCGUAACCUCCAUAACUUCAGACGGACAAGAAAUCCUACCUGAACAACCCGCAAAACAGUCAGAAACUGACCCAACACCUGAUGCGUCAGAUCACAGCAGCGUCCAACAAACACCUGCUGACGAAACCACUCAAGUUCCUGAAAGUGCUGUCUUGGUCGUC